UUCCGCUGGCUUCGAAGGACUGUUUCCGGGUGAGAGGACAGGGCAGGAUGGAGGAGGCGAAAGACAAAACCAAUGAUAAUGGCCAGUUUGAGGUGUUGGAUUUAGCUGAGUAUGCCAAACGACAAAGAUGGUGGAAUCGAUUCUUUGGAAGAAAUUCUGGACCAAUUGCUGAAAAAUACACGGUAGCAACACAGCUGAUGAUUGGAGGAGCCAGCGGGUGGUGUGCAGGGUUCCUGUUUCAGAAGGUUGGAAAAUUAGCAGCAACAGCAGUUGGUGGAGGUUUCUUUCUGCUUCAGAUUGCCAAUCAUACAGGAUAUAUCACUAUUGACUGGAAACGAGUGGAAAGGGAUGUAAAUAAGGCAAAGAAACAAUUGAAAAUUGGCAAGAGUAAGGUUGCUCCAGAAGUACAUGGUGCAAUUGAUGAGGUGACUGUGUUUGUGAAGAAGAACAUUGUCCUUACUGGGGGUUUUGUUGGUGGAUUCCUACUUGGACUUGCUUCAUGAGGAUUGGUUGAAGAUGUUACUACAGUUGAUGAAUUACAGUCCGUUAUUACUUCUCUCCCUGCCCUGAAACCCUUGAUAGAUUGUACAUGCUUCUAAGUUGGGUUUGCGUGCCCCAAAGACAUUGCUGAGCUAGUAUCUUCAAUUUUACUUUAUUGGAAGGAAUUUGCAUCACUGAAUUGACUCUGUGACCUCAAUCAUCUGAGUCAGCAUUACUUUUGCCCUGCUUUAUAACGAUAAUUAAAAUGGUGGUACAAUGUUUCAGUAUGGUUGGUUGCAUUGUUUGAGAUGUGGGUCUCACGUUUUAACUUGCUUCAUUAUGCAAUCACAGAUGUUCAUCUUUUUGUGAUACUUCAUACUUCACAUCUUACCAUCUUCAUAUUUUACCAUCAUAUGGAACUUCUGAGCUGACAUCGACUCUGUUUGCAUGUUUUUGGGCUAUAUGCUGCACAUUACUAAGAAUAAGUAUUUCUAAAUGUUAAGAUUUUAUGAAGGCUGGACACUCCCCUUAAUGACACUUUAAAUGGACUGGAGCUUAUGCCAUUUGUUUGUGUUACAUCACAUGCUGUAGUUGCCAGCUUGACAUAGAUAUCGUGACAAAUUCAGUGUGACAUGGCAUUACGAAAACUGGACGUGAGUGUUUUUCAAAGUUAAAACAAUAUCUUAAGAGAUCAGGUGACUUUUUAUAUGCACUGUUUCUUGUUUUGCUUUGUCCUUUGAGAAUCUUUAUUAUAUUUGAGGUUUAAAAGUUACUUGCAGAUGUUUUCUAACUUAUUAAUUACAUUGCCAUAAGUAUUCUGAGAUCAUGUUGCUUAUGAGCAUAGCCUGAAUCAUACCUUUCCCGUACUUCAUGUUUAUGCUUUAAUUACUGUAGUAUACCCAGGGGUUAGAACUUGUUUGGCUUCAACAGUUGGCAAUAAGAGAUUCAUCGUGUUGGAACCUCAAGAGCCCUGGUGUCCCAGUAAAAAAGAAAAGUCUCUAAUUCUGUAUGUGCACAGUGUAGGUAGGCACGACAUAGUACUGAUUUUUAUGAUGCCUUGUCUUUUCAUACUUGAGCUGUUACAUUAUUACAUCUCAAGUAAUGAUUUGCUUUUAAGUCAGAAGAUUAUAAAUUCAAAUCCUCCCCCAUUGAAUUCAGCAUGAAAUCCAGGUUCAUACUAAUGCCAUAUUGAGGAAGUGCUGCAUCGCUGAAGGCAAUUAUUUUCAGAUAAGGUGUUAAAUUGGGACCUUGUAUUCCUCUUUUAGGUGGAUGCAAAAGAUUCUGAGAUAGUUUUCAAAAAAUAAAGGAGAGUCUGAUAUUUGACUGUCAACUGGAAUCAUGAAAGCAGAUGUCUGGUCACUAUGAGACUUCAAUGUGUGCAAAUUUGUCUAUUAUGUUUGACAGUGACGACAUUUCAAAAGUACUUCAUCAGGUACGAAGAGUUUUGCAAAAUGCUGAGAACAUCAAAGGUGCUCUAUAAAUACAAGCUUAUCUUAAAUAGUAUCUUUGAAAAGUGAGCUAUCUAGUCAUUGGGCAGGCUAAAUUGAAAUUUCUAUUCACGAGUAAAAAUGAAAAGUCGGACAGUAACGUCAUUUUUGAUGUAUGUUUGUAAAACUUGUAGUGCAGUUAUACAUUUACAUAUCUAGCUUUCGGACAAACUGGUGAAUUUGCUAUUUUUUAAUAAAAAGUUGCUGUCUACUAAAUGCAGACGGGCAUUUUUACUCCAAACAUCACUCUCAAUUGGUUUAACUUCUUUAGAUCUGUUUUAUUGAAUAUCUGUUAGUCUUUGGUGUUACAUGUUCGCUAACUGACAAAAAUUUAGAUGGUCACUUUCAUCAUACAACGAAUAGUACAUUUUCUGUCCUUACUUGACUCUUUGUCCUCCAGUCUUGCCAUGAUCCUUUACAGACCUUGCAUUGAAAUAUAAGCUCGGUCAUGGGAUGCUUGAUUGUUUGUUUGUUUGUUUGUUUAUUUAUUUAUUUAUGCUUGUCUGUGAAUUAUGUCUUCAGUUUGAAGAAAUUAAGUAAGUAAUUAAGACCACAGAAUAAUUCUAUCUGUAGCUCCCUCUUGUCCACCCAACAAAUUGCUUACAAUAUUUGCAGUUAGUAAGUUGAGGACAUUACCCUAACAUAGAAUGAGAAGAUUACCAACAAUACUUAGUCACUGCAAUACAUGAUCUGAAAUGAGAAGUCCAUAUAUCUUAAAAAUUGAUGUACCUGGGCUCCUGGUUUUUUGGUUAAAAGCUCUGAGAAGGGUAAUGAUCACUGUAGCAAGGGUACAGAAUGUGUCCUAGUCUUCAGUCACUGAUUCUAAAAAUUGUAAUGGCUUUCAGAUUAGUGUUAAAAACCUGUAUAAAUAUUAUUUUCUUCUCCUACCCUACCACUACAGUUACUUUUCUGUCCUAUUCACAGAUUAACAUAAUGGGAAGUGAUUUUUAUUUGGGUGGGAGGGAGAGAAGGGAAACUGGUAUAGCAGCUUUCUAUAUUUUCAUUCAGUGGAAAUACCGUAUAGUUUUUUUUAUUGUUAACCGGUAUUUGCUUGUUUUUAUGGCCAAAAGGCAAUAUUUUUAAAGGCAGUUUUUGGCUGGAAAAGUUAAUUUUGUUGUCUGUUUGAUUUGAAGAAAGCAUCUGAUGUCUAUAUGUUGCAAUUGUGUAUUGUAUUUAAAUAAAUUUAUAAGUAUACUAAGAUGAAGGCCUGCAAUCUGAUAUGUAUUGAGAAAUUUGAUAAUUUGCAUUAAAUUCUCGUGUAUAUAGAUUUAUAUUUAAAUACACAGUUACUUCACUCACUUAGUACAGUUAUCUGCUUUACGGAAUAUUUUGCCAAUUUGUGCCUCCUGUUUAUAUGUUCACUUUAUGAUUGUACUUUAGGUAAAUGUAUUGUUUCUUGAAAAUUAAUGCAUUACUUUGAUCACUUGGUAUGGAGUAAGUGCUGCAUAAAAAAGGUUUUACCAGA